AUGUAUCAGAACUUGCUCAUCGUCGGCACUGUGCGCUACGCGUUCAACCUGCUCUCAGCGUUCGCCGAGUACAAGUUAACUUGGCUAGGCAGGAAGACGACUCACCGUUUCUUUUGUGUGGCCACAAUGAUCGCCUUAUCAAUCUCGAUAGCCGGCCAGCUUUUGGAUGCUCCUGAGUUUCUUGCUCGGAUCUUUCUGCUCACAACGGCCGCUAUCAUCAUUCAACUUUUCGCCGUGUUAGGCAUCAUUUGCAACGAGGCGUUUCCGACAGCACUGCGGAACACAGCCUUCGCGUUUACAAUGUUCAUUGAGAGUAUCGGGCCGAUUCUUGCUCCACACCUUUACUCUAUUUCGGGUGAUCGAAAAUGGCUUCCCACAGUGAUCAUGCUCGCGAGUGUCUCCAUUGAUCUCAUAGUUUUCACGCUGACGAUUCCGGAAACUCGAGGAAAACCCCUUGUUGACAAGAUGCCCGAUAAUGAGAAGCGAUUUCGACUAUUUCGAGACAAGAAAGUUGCAGCCACAAUAGAAAGCCUUGAAAUGACU